UCGGUUACCAAAGGGGCGGGACUUGAAUCCAACGUUUAACGUUAGCUCGCUGGCUAACAUUUGUAGCUGGUGCGCUGUUUAUGGUGGAUAAUUCUCAACCGUUUCAAGAAAGCCACAUAUUUUAUACGGGUAAUCACUUUUCUUAUGGGCUCCAAGAGACGACGCACCACCUCUCCCUCCAGUAGUGUGAGUGGAGACUUUGAUGAUUCCACUACAUCCACUCCGGCCAGUGGCUGGAAAAGGAGAAGGAGGACUUCUAAUGUCACUGCCGUAGAUCAAAUUGCCAUUUGCCAUGAGCUGUACAACUCUGUCAGGGACUAUAAAGAUGAGCAGGGGAGGCAGAUAUGUGAGCUCUUCGUUCGUGCUCCAAAAAGGAGGAACCAGCCAGAUUACUAUGAGGUGGUGAGCCAGCCCAUCGACAUGUUGAAGAUUCAGCAGAAGCUCAGGGCAGAAGAGUAUCAGGAUGCGGAACAGUUUUCUGCAGACUUCAAGCUGCUUAUUAACAAUGCCAAAGCUUACUAUUCGGCUGACAGCCCAGAGUACAGGGCUGCCUGUAAGCUGUGGAAUGUGUUUUUAGACACCAAGAAAAGUGUUCUGCGUGGAGGAGAUGGAGAGGAGGCAGAUGAAGAAGAGGAGGAUGAGGGCGAAGACCAUGACAAUGCUGGAGUCUCCACAGAGGAAGAGCCGUCACCCAACUAUCUGAAAGGAGUUUUAGAACAACUCUUAGAGGCUCUUGUUUCUUACACUGACACAUCAGGGAGGUUGGUCAGUGAGCUCUUCCAGAAGCUCCCAUCUAAACUGCAAUACCCAGACUACUAUGCCGUAAUUAAAGAACCAAUAGAUUUACGAACCAUAGCUCAGAGGAUACAGUUGGGGCACUACAAAUCCGUUAAUGCCAUGUCCAAGGACAUUGAUCUUUUGACUAAAAAUGCCAAAACCUACAAUGAACCAGGAUCACAGGUUUUUAAGGAUGCAAACACAAUCAAGAAGGUCUUCAGCCAGAGGAAGACUGAAAUUGAACAGGCAGAACCUACAAAAUCCAGCCUCCGUAUCAGGAACCGGAGGUCUGCUCAGGGUGACCGUCUGACUUCUGGUGCCACAGCUGUACAGACUGGCUCAGAGAGUGAUGAAGACUCUCUUCUCUCGGGUUCUGUGAGGUACGAUGCUGGAGAUGAAUCUGAAAGCAAUCAGUCCAGGCUGGGUGCAGCUGAUCCUGUCAACCAGUUGUACCAAGCAAUCCGGGGAAGUCGUAAUGCUCAGGGGCAACUCCUGGCUGAGCCUUUCCUCCAGCUGCCCUCACGCAGGGAGUACCCGGACUACUACCAGCAGAUCAAAAACCCGAUUUCUCUUCAGCAGAUCAGGGAUAAAAUGCGGAAUGGAGAGUAUGAGGGAGUUGAGCAGCUGGAAGCAGAUCUCUCAACGAUGUGUGAGAAUGCAAAACGCUACAAUGUCCCCAAUUCUGCCAUAUACAAGCGUGCCCAAAAAUUACAGCAAAUAAUGCAGCUAAAAAGAAAAGAAGUCAAAGAUGAUAAUGAUGGAGACAGUUUGCUCUCUUCCAUGACCCCUGAUGCAGGAGCUACUAAGAAGAGAAGUUAUAAGAAAAACACCAAGAAGAACAGAAUGAAAGCAUUGUAUGCAGCAGUGACAGAGGCGCGAGAGGCAGGCUCAGAUCGGCGCCUCUGUGACCUCUUCAUGGUCAAGCCCUCAAAGAAGGACUACCCUGACUACUACCAGGUCAUCCUGGAGCCCAUGGACCUGCGCACUGUUGAGAACAAUAUCCGCACAGAACGCUACAACCACGAGGAGGCUUUCAUGAAUGAUAUGAAGCUCAUUUUCCGUAAUGCUCGCCACUAUAAUGAGGAGGGCUCCCAGGUGUACAAUGAUGCAGACAUUCUGGAAAAGAUUUUGAUAGAUAAGCAGAAGGAACUUGGACCGCCACCUGAAGAUGAUGAUGUGGGCUCACCCAAGCUCAAAUUACGGAGGAGUGGGGGUGCGGCUUCUCCUAAGAAAUCUCGUCCACAGACCACCCCUUUGCAGCAGAAGCUAAGCGACCUCUACGAAGUGGUUCGCAAUUUCACCGACAACCGCGGCCGCCGCCUCAGCGCUGUGUUCCUGCGUCUCCCCUCCCGUUCUGAGCUGCCGGACUACUAUGCUGCCAUCAAACGUCCCAUUGACAUGGAACGUGUGCGUAGCUACAUGGUUCAAGGCCGCUACCAGGAUGUGGAGUCAAUGGCUGAAGACUUCAUCCUCAUGUUCAACAAUGCCUGUACCUACAACGAGCCAGAGUCCCUUAUCUACCGCGAUGCCUUGCUUCUGCACAAAGCCUUUCUGGAUGCCCGUCGGCGGCUGGAGGAGAAAGAAGAGGCAGAGGAGGGUGCAUCAGUUGGAGUUUCUGUUGCUCCGCUUAUCCGAGAGCUCAUUCGGAGCCUUUUUGUGUCUGUGAUGGGCCACCAGGAUGACGAAGGUCGUUGCUAUAGCGACUCGCUAGCGGAGGUGCCAGCCGUGGACCCAGCUAACCCAGAGGACCCGCCGCUGAAUUUGGAUGUGAUCCGUAAUAAUGUGGAGCGCGGGCGAUAUCGGAGACUGGAUGUGUUCCAGGAGCACUUCUUUGAGGUGCUGGAGAAAGCCAGACGCCUCAACAGAACUGACUCUGAGAUCUUCGAGGACUCUGUGGAACUUCAGCAGUUCUUUGUAAAGAUCCGAGAUGAGCUGUGUAAGAAUGGUGAGAUCCUGCUGACCCCUGCACUGAGCUACACCUUCAAACACUUGCAUGCAGACGUCGAUCAGGAGAAGAGGGAGAAGCUGCCUCAAGAAAUAGAAGAAGACAGACUCAAAGGAGAGGAGGAGAAAAAAGAUGAGGAGAAGGAAGGUGGUCCUACAGGGGGACAGUGGUCAACAGAUCCUCAGAGUGCCUACAGUCAAAACUGCAGCUUUGAAAACAGCACCUACAGUAUUGGAGAUUGUGUGUAUGUGCAGCCAACUGAAGCCAAUCUGCAGCCACACAUUGUCUGCAUCGAGAAAUUGUGGAAGGAUGAGGCUGGUGAGCAGUGGAUGUAUGGCUGUUGGUUUUACCGUCCGGGUGAGACCUUCCAUGUGGCUACACGCAAGUUCCUGGAGAAGGAAGUAUUUAAGAGUGACUACUACAACAAAGUUCCACUCAGCAAAAUACUGGGGAAAUGCGUUGUCCUUUUUGUGAAGGACUAUUUCAAACUUCAGCCUGAGGGCUUCAAACCUGAGGAUGUCUUUGUCUGUGAGUCCCGUUACACCACACGGACAAAGGCUUUCAAGAAGAUCAAAAUGUGGACCAUGCCGGCAAGUUCUGUAAAGUUGGUGUCUCGUGAUGUGCCGCUACCAGUUGUCAGAGUUGCUUCCAUGUUUGUGAGUACUUCAAAGCGAGACCAGGAGAAAACGGCCGACGUUACUGAUGGUGAACAGAGUGGCUUCAUAGAGAAAGAGAGAGAGGAUGUUCCUGUAGAGGUAGCCAAUGGUGAGCCUGGCUGUCAGUAUUAUGAACAGCUGUGCUACAAUAACAUGUGGCUGAAAGUGGGUGAUUUUGUCUACAUUCGAUCACAUGGGCCAGCACAACCAAAAAUUGGCAGGAUUGAGAAGAUGUGGGUGCGAGAUGGAGCUGGUUUCUUUUUUGGGCCCAUAUUCAUCCACCCCGAAGAGACAGAACAUGAGCCCACCAAGAUGUUCUACAAGCAUGAAGUGUUCCUCAGCAGCUUGGAGGAAACCUGCACCAUGACUUGCAUCAUAGGAAAAUGUGUAGUCUCUUACUUUAAGGACUUCAUUUCCUGUAGGCCUACUGAGUUUGCAGAAGAGGAUGUGUACCUCUUCGAGAGUCGGUACUUUGAGAGUGAGAAGCAGAUGAAGAAAUUCAAAGGCCUGAAACGAUUUUCCCUCUCAGCUAAAGUGGUGGAUGAUGAGAUCUACUAUUUCAGGAAACCUAUUGUACCCCAGAAGGAGCCCUCUCCACUACUGGAUAAGAAGAUUGAAGAGCUAGAGGCUAAAUUUGCAGACAUGGAGGACCUGGAUGAAGAUCUAGAUGAGCUGGAGGAAGAUGAUGAAGCACCAGAGACACCGUCUAUGUCUCAGAGUCAGGCUUCGCUAACUAGUGACAUGGACUUGCCUUACACACCACCGCAGUCCACACCCAAGUCAAUAAAAGGUCUGUCCAAGAAGGAGGGAGCCAAACGAAAGAUUAACAUGAGUGGCUAUAUCCUGUUUAGCAGCGAGAUGCGGGCUGUAAUCAAGGCUCGACACCCAGAUUACUCCUUUGGAGAGCUGAGUCGUCUCGUAGGUACAGAGUGGAGGAACCUGGAGUCAACCAAGAAAGCAGAGUAUGAGGAGCGGGCAGCUAAACUCGUGGAACAGCAGGAGCGAGAAAGAGUUCUCCAACAACAACAGCAGCAGCAGCAGCAGCAACAGCAGCAGGCUUCCCCAAGAGCAGGUACCCCAGUCGGGUCUCUGAUGGGGGUGGUGCCUCCCCCAAGCGCAAUGGGAAUGCUAAACCAAGCCAUGCCACCUAUGCCAGGCAUGAUGGGAAAUUAUGGCCCACCCUUCAUGCCUAUGCAGGGCCCACCUGAAGGCAUGAUGGGUAUGGGUGGCACACCUCCUCACCCUAUGGGGGUGCCCCCGCUGCCCCCUCAACACUACCUUCCACCAGGCAUGGCUGGGUACCCUGGUAUGCCCCCUCCUGGUGUAAUGGGACCUGGUAUGAAUGGUAUGGCAGGAAGUCCUGGUCAAGGGAACCAUUAUGGGCUUCAGAUGGGUGCAUACGGCCCAGGGCAGGUAGCUCCACCGCCAUACCCAGGCCCAGGCCAGCUGGGUCAGCCUGCCCACCAGCAGCCAGCCACACCCAUGUUUGUUGCUCCACCUCCCAAAUCGCAGCGCCUCCUGCAUUCAGAAGCCUAUCUGAAAUACAUAGAAGGGCUUAGCGCAGAUUCCCCCACCAUCAGCAAAUGGGACCAGAGCCUUAAAGCUCAAAGGACAGACUCUCGCCUCACCAGGGAGCAGGAGAGCCGUCUUCCCACUCACUGGCUGAAGAGCAAAGGUGCUCAUACCACGAUGGCCGACGCAUUGUGGAGACUCAGAGAUCUGAUGAUGAGAGACACUCUCAACAUCCGACAGACCUACAACCUUUAA